UUCCCAAUUUUGAUUUGCACAUCAAGGCCUCCAUAUUUUCCCCCUGACGACAAAAACGAGGCGUUAAGCAAAGCUUUAUACUUUGUGGCGAUGAUUUUUUCGCACAUCAUAUUGGCUGACUCUGCUUUUCCUUCAUUUUUCAGCCAAUCUGUUGAUUCAUUCAUAUGCCUUUGCAUAAUUUGGCUGCAAAUGAUUCUCUUUGAACAACAAUGAAGGGUUUGUUUGUUCUCAGAUGGAUUAACAAACAACAGAUUGUUCUGCUCUGUGUUCUCAUGGUGCCGCUAGCCAUACCAGACAUUCCAGCCAUGCUGUUGCCAAAGCCGACAAGAAUCGAGCUUUAAGCUGUUGGCAUACAUGCAAACGUCACUUCGACGUCAUUGAAAGUUUGCUCUUUCUUGGACUUCCAGAGUGGCCAUCCCUAACAGCAGGACCACCAUUGCCAUAUAAGGGCACGGCUCCAGUGUCAUGGCAGACGCCCUCCCCCGGACGGGUGGUGUAAUGGAUUUUAAUUCGGAUGACGACAAGCAAUACUGUGAAGCGGCUCUGGAGAUUGAGUCUUCCCAUUUCAGAGUCAGCCAUUCUCAAGGAGGCCAGGUGGAUGGGGCUAAAAAGGAAUUCAAUAAGAAAAGUCGGUCCGGCAACAAUCCAGGCCGGCUAAAACGAGUCUCGUCGUAUAAGAGGAAGACCCGACAUUUGGCGGUGGCUCGGAAAAAGCCCCAAGGGUCAAGCAGGACGCAGGAUGCGGAAAAGAACGACAACAAGAUGAAUAUUCAGCCGGAGAUGUUUGACACGGAUCCUCAGGUGUUGACGGCAAACCACGAUACUCAACUCGAUGAGUUCUCCAAACUUGCCGAGCUCACGAAAGAUCACAGCACAAUAACCGAGGUGCUCCUUGGAAGAAACUUAAGACUUAAAGUAGGCUUAACAUUGUGGAAGCGACAUUUUGGAGAACUGAUAACAUAUUUCCUAAGAAUCCAAGAUAACAGCGUCUUUGUUGACAUGCUCCCGCUAAUAAGCAAACGCAUAGAUGAUGACGAUGACUCCAACAUCACCAUCGGCUGUUGCGUGGACCUCUUCCCGAUGGUUCGGAAUGUUCUCCUCAGUCCAUAUGAAGAAUACGUCACUGUCGGUUUGAUGUGGAUCCAUUCCGUUUUGAAACGCUGGUGGGAGCAGCUUCAAGAAAGUGGAUCGGCCGAGACUUUUUUGGAUAGAAACUUCCACGUCUUUAAUCAGCAGUUGCUGGGAUUAUGGCAACGAGAGGCGAAACUGAAAUCUUUUCCCGGUUCUGCGGGAGACAUGGCAAAGGUCAUUGACUCCUUCCUGUCUCAACUUACUUUCCAUCCAUGAAGAGCCAGAAAAUAAACUCCAGUAGAAAUUCAUCCCUGGAGGUUCUGAAAAUGUCUUAUGUUAUUCAAAAUGAAGAAAUGUAUCAAGCAGGACAAGAAAUGUUGACGUGAUGCUGUCUAGUAGUGACCAUUAAAUGUUUUCUUUCCACUCUAA